AUGGCCCUCUUCCAGUGCUUCCAAGCGUGUACGCAUCAUCGCCGCACAUUGCAGCAAGAGGAAGACGCACCUCGCCUCAUGUCUCAACCAUCGUCACCAUCACCACCACAGGACCCUGUCGCUGCAUCUGCUCAGACCGAUGGAACCCCAUCCUAUUCCACUGUGUCACCCAUCCAGGAAGAGCCAGGCACCCCCAUAGACGGCGCUACCGAUGCCACCGAUUUUGCUCCUUCCUCACCCUCCAACCCAGAUGCAAAUCCGCGUCGGGGAGACAACUUUGGGCCCCUAAGUCCUUCUGUUACGGAUCGCGUCUUUCCCAUUCGCAGCGUCGUCAGCGUAGAUCCCUCGCCCACACCCAGGGGCAACAUAGGACCGGGCGAUUACUUCCACCCUUAUUCGCGAGCGAACGAUGCCCGCCUCGAAGGCAGACGACCCUCCCACGGGUCAACCACAUCGACUGCUUCACAGCCCUCGCAGCGUGCAUGGGCUGCUCGACAUGGCGGAUCGGCCACCUCCAAGACGGACUCACGUACAGACUCUCGCAGAUCUUCACUGAAGCGACCUGAACGAGCGGAAGCCCAGAAGACGCUAGCACCCAUACCCGCACAACUGUUCAGCGAUCUCGUGUCAACAAAGUCCAGCGGAAGCGGGCCUGAAGAGGGCAGCCGGUCCCCCUCCACACAAGCAGGCCGGCCGCCUUCGACCAGCGCAAGAUCCACAAAGAGCGCUAUGAGCAGUCUGGACAUGGGAGGCUUGGUGACGCACAGAUUCAAGCACAUCACCACCGAGGGUGGUCACAUGAUCAUCACCGGCCGGGAAGGAGACACCCUGCAGCGCUGCGAGGAUGAGCCCAUUCAUGUCCCGGGUGCAGUCCAAGGCUUUGGCCUUCUCGUCGCGUUACAGGAUGAUACAGAAGGAAGCGGCAGCCUGCUGGUCCGGAUCGUGAGCGAGAAUUCGAAGCGGAUACUCGGGCGCACCCCACGCGAGCUUUUUGCCUUGGAGAGUUUCACCGACAUCUUGUCCGAGGAGCAGGCUGAUAAUCUUUUGGAUCAUAUCGACUUCAUCAAAGACGAGGACUCGGAUGUAAUCGCAAACGGUCCGGAGGUCUUCACAAUCUCAAUCAAAGUGGCGGGUGUUUCACGCACACGCAAACUAUGGUGUGCCGUACAUGUUAACGAGGCUAAUCCUGGGCUUGUCAUCUGUGAAUUUGAGCUCGAAGACGAUCCACUCUAUCCUCUAGUACCAUCGAGCGAGAUGACUCCCGAGCUACCAGAGGACACGCUGUCCAGCAAUCCUACAGAGGAAGAAUUGCUCGAAAGCACAGAAAUCAAGAGCAAGCCUCUGCGCGUCUUGCGAAGUGCACGGAAACGAAAGGGUGAAGCUGCGGCCAUGGAAGUCUUCAACAUCAUGUCACAGGUACAAGAGCAAUUGGCUGCAGCACCCUCCUUGGACAAAUUCCUCAAAGUUCUCGUCGGUGUAGUCAAAGAGUUGACGGGUUUUCAUCGGGUCAUGAUCUACCAGUUCGAUCACACUUUUAACGGUCGUGUGGUCACUGAGCUUGUCGACCCCCGCGCAACCAAGGAUCUCUACAAAGGAUUGCAUUUCCCUGCAUCAGACAUUCCAAAGCAGGCCCGCGAACUGUACAAACUCAAUAAAGUCCGUAUGCUUUACGACCGUGAUCAAGAAACAGCGCGCCUUGUCUGUCGUACCACUGAAGAUCUCGAGAACCCUCUGGAUCUUACUCACUCCUAUUUACGCGCCAUGUCCCCAAUACACAUCAAAUACCUUACUAACAUGGCUGUGCGCUCAUCCAUGUCCAUCUCUAUCAACGCCUUUAGCGAGCUGUGGGGUUUGAUAGCAUGCCACUCUUAUGGUCCUCGCGGCAUGCGCGUAUCCUUUCCUAUUCGUAAAAUGUGUCGCAUGGUAGGUGAUGCCGCAUCACGUAACAUUGAAAGGUUGUCCUAUGCCUCGCGACUACAGGCCCGAAAGCUGAUCAACACUGUGCCGACGCAACACAACCCGUCUGGUUACAUCAUCGCCUCGUCCGAUGACCUGCUUAACUUGUUUGACGCGGACUUUGGCCUACUAUCCAUCAGAGACGAAACGAAGAUUCUUGGCCGUCUGGAGAACUCACAGGAAGCGUUGGCCAUGCUGGAAUAUCUAAGAAUGAGGAAGAUACAGUCGGUCAUGACAUCCAUGGAUAUCGUCCAAGACUUCCCAGACCUUCGAUACCCGCCUGGGUUCCAUGUGAUAGCAGGCAUGCUAAUCGUGCCAUUAUCGGUAGACGGCGAGGACUUCAUUGUCUUUUUUCGGAAAGGCCAAAUGAAAGAAGUCAAAUGGGCCGGAAACCCGUACGAGAAAUUCGUCAAAGAAGGCACAGAGGGCUAUCUGGAGCCGCGCAAGAGCUUCAAGACCUGGUCAGAAACAGUCAUCGGGAGAUGCCGUGAGUGGACGGAAGAAGAAAUCGAGACUGCAUCUGUCCUGUGUUUGGUCUAUGGAAAGUUUAUCGAAGUUUGGAGGCAGAAGGAGGCUGCAUUACAAAGUAGCCAGUUGACCAGGCUACUCCUCGCGAAUUCGGCACACGAAGUUCGCACUCCUCUCAACGCCAUUAUCAAUUACCUAGAAAUAGCAUUGGAAGGUGCACUGGACACAGAAACUCGAGAAAACCUGUCAAGAUCCCAUUCGGCAUCGAAGUCUCUCAUAUAUGUCAUCAAUGAUCUUUUGGACCUGACAAAGACCGAGGAGGGUGGGCCAUUGAUCAAGGGAGAGUCAUUCGAUCUGAAAGCAACAAUCAUAGAAGCCACGGACAUGUUCCGAAAGGAUGCCAAGCGGAAAAACAUUGGCUAUGACGUUGUUAUACAUGAUGGCCUACCAAAUCUGUGCAUAGGAGAUCAACGUCGGAUUCGGCAAGUGAUAUCCAACAUCACCGCAAAUGCAAUCCAGAACACCACGUCUGGAAGUGUCAGGGUUGAGUCGUAUGUUGCAGCCCGAAGUGAUGCAGAGCAUGUCGAUGUGGAGAUAGCAGUAUCUGAUACUGGUAUUGGCAUGGGCCAGAAGAAGCUUGAUCAGCUCUUCUACGACCUCGAGCAGGUUCAGUCCGAGGCAACAUCUAUGCUAGAAGACGCCCUUGUUCCUGAUGCGAAGAAGAUUGCAGCUCAGAGCGAGAAGUCGACGCUGGGGCUUGGACUUGCUGUGGUCGCACGCAUCAUCAAGAACAUGAACGGCCAGUUACGACUGCGGUCGGAGGAGGGCAGAGGGACACGCUUUGUCGUCUCGUUUCCAUUCAGUUUGCCAGAUUCCGAGGCAGAGGCAAACCUGAACAGUGAAGCAUCAUCGGGGAUCAUGACGCCGCAACCAGGUUCCGACGAACUUGGUCCAUCAGAAGGAGAACGAACAUUGAUUGCACCCAGUCUAUCACGUCAUACAUCUGACAAAGAGAGUCACCAAGUUUCUGACAGUAUCAUAAGAAGGUCAAGUGCCGACAGUCUAACGAGCAAGACCAGUCUUCGCAGUUUCAAGAGUGGUUCAAGCGCGAGAAGCGACAUGGAUCGACUCAUUGAUGCUAUUCAAGAGCCACAUAUGGUUGGCCGAGGAAAUACCGGCGACCGCAGCCCUAGUGCGCGAUCUAUGCGACCUCUCCUGACAAAACCCAAUAGCUUGUCUCCUAACAGUCCUUCUCGUAUGAGAUCUAGGAGUCUUGAAACACUGCAGGGCUUGACCCCUAUUCAACACAGGAGUCUCGACACACAAAUACCUGGCGAGCAACACAUUACUGGUUCUGCUGCUCCUAUAAGAGCGAUCAGGGUUCCAAACGAUGGUGGUUCUCCUAUCGAUCGCCGGAGACCCAGCGGCAGUAUCCUUGGAGACCUUACCGAUGAACCGGCACCAUUGGAGGUGGCCUCUGCUCCUGAAAAUUUUUCUGCAGACUACAUGCGUGUCCUUGUAGCGGAGGAUGAUCCUGUGAACAGUAGAAUAGUGAAGAAGAGACUGGAACGACUUGAGCACGUCGUGCAUUUGACAGUCAAUGGCGAAGAAUGCGCAUCUGCAUACUGCGACAAUCCACAAGACUUUGAUAUUGUCUUGAUGGAUAUGCAGAUGCCCAUCGUCGAUGGUCUCACUUCAACCAAAAUGAUUCGAUCAUAUGAGAAGACCCACACCGAAAUUUACUCCCCUAGAGCCGCCCUCUGUGGUCGGGUACCCAUCAUUGCCGUUUCGGCGUCUCUUAUUGAACGAGAUCGGCAGCAGUACAUUGAUGCUGGCUUCGACGCCUGGAUCCUAAAGCCCAUCUCCUUUGACCGACUGAAGAGGCUCAUGGCUGCUGUCGUCGACUCCGACAUACGCAAGGAGUGUCUGUAUCAACCGGGUGAAUGGGAGAAAGGAGGUUGGUUCCACACGGGCAAGAAGAGUUCAAAGGAGGCGUCGACGAAGCCUGCUGGCAAAGCAUCAGUGGGAAACACGUCGACAGCAACAGAAGCGGACGUUGUAUCAAAUAAUCUGAUGGCAGGCCAUGACGGGGUAAAGGAUGAUAUUGACGAGGAACAAGCUCGCUUGAUGCAGAAUCAAGAAGAGGGUAAGAUUGAGGCGCCAGAGGAGUCGUGCGAAGAGCAGCCUCGGGAGGAGUCUAGUGAAGAGCAGCCUCCAGAGUCGUUGGGUGGAGAAAAGCUUGCUGAGCAACCGAGCGAAGAAAAGCCUCCAGCCUGA